CUGUUGAUCCUUUUGAUAAUUGUUAGUACAAUAGAUUAAUCUGGAUGCAAAAUAUGGCAAGACGUAACCCAAUGCAAGCGUCGUAGAUGCACCCGAAUGGGCUCGUCUUCUCCCGAAGGUUCGAGAAACCCUUCACCUUCCACCAAAACUCCUUGAAAUCUCCCGUCAUCUCUCCUUCCCAAUCUCAUUCAUAGAUUACACCUUAAUCUCCAACAUUCCGAAAUUCCCAAUGGCCGACGAAGCCAAAGCCAAAGGCAACGCCGCCUUCUCCGCGGGCAAGUUUGACGACGCCGUCCGCCACUUCACCGACGCGAUCAACUUAGCCCCCACUAACCACGUCCUCUACUCCAACCGCUCCGCCGCCUACGCCUCUCUCAAUAGAUUCUCCGACGCCCUCUCCGACGCGCAGAAGACCGUCGACCUCAAGCCCGACUGGCCCAAGGGCUACUCCCGCCUCGGCGCCGCGCACAUGGGCCUCCACAGCUACGCCGACGCCGUUUCCGCCUACAAAAAGGGCCUCGAAAUCGACCCCAGCAACGAUGGCCUGAAAUCAGGCCUCGCCGACGCGGAGAACGCUCUGGCCCGGAGCUCGCGGCCCGGGUCUGGGGGAAGUCCCUUCGGAGAGGCUUUCGGGCCGGAGAUGUGGGUGAGGCUGGCGAGUGAUCCCAGCACGCGGGAGUAUCUCCAGCAGCCUGAUUUCGUGAAGAUGAUGCAGGAUAUGCAGAAGAACCCCAACAAUUUGAACUUGUAUUUGAAGGAUCAGAGGGUUAUGCAGGCGCUGGGGGUUUUGUUGAACAUAAAGUUUCAGGCGAGAGAGGAUACGGAGAUGGCGUCUAAUGGAUCGCCGGAGAGGAAGAGGCCUGCAGAGGCUGAUCCUGUGAAGGAGGAGAAGAGGCCGGAGAGGGAGCCGGAGACGGAGCCUGAACCAAUGGAUGUAUCGGAGGAGGAGAGGGAGAAGAGGGAGAGAAAAGCGCAGGCUCAGAAGGAGAAGGAAGCUGGGAAUGCUGCUUAUAAGAAGAAGGAUUUUGAGACUGCGAUUCAGCAUUACUCGAAGGCGGUGGAGCUCGAUGAUGAGGACAUCUCUUUCCUCACUAAUCGUGCUGCUGUUUACUUGGAGAUGGGCAAGUAUGAGGACUGCAUUAAAGAUUGUGAAAAAGCUGUUGAGAGGGGCAGAGAACUGAGGUCGGAUUUCAAGAUGAUAGCUCGGGCUUUGACAAGAAAGGGAACUGCUUUGGUGAAGAUGGCCAAGUGUUCGAAGGACUAUGAACCUGCAAUCGAUACUUUCCACAAAGCCCUCACUGAGCAUCGCAACCCAGACACACUGAAAAAGCUCAAUGAUGCAGAGAAAGCAAAGAAAGAUCUAGAGCAACAAGAGUACUACGAUCCAAAACUAGCUGAUGAGGAGCGUGAGAAAGGCAACCAGUACUUUAAGGAGCAGAAGUACCCGGAGGCUAUCAAGCACUACACUGAAGCUUUAAAGAGGAAUCCAAAAGAUCCAAAGGCGUACAGCAACAGAGCCGCUUCCUACACUAAACUUGGGGCUAUGCCUGAGGGACUCAAGGAUGCUGAAAAAUGCAUUGAACUUGAUCCAACCUUUACGAAAGGUUAUACAAGGAAGGGCGCUGUUCAAUUCUUCAUGAAGGAGUAUGAUAAAGCGUUGGAGACAUACCAGGAGGGUCUAAAGCAUGAUCCCAACAACCAGGAAUUGCUAGAUGGAGUCAGGAGAUGUGUAGAGCAGAUAAACAAGGCUAGUCGCGGAGAUUUUAGUCCUGAUGAAUUGAAAGAGAGACAGGCCAAGGCGAUGCAAGAUCCCGAGAUCCAAAACAUCCUGACAGAUCCGGUGAUGAGACAGGUACUGACGGACUUGCAGGAGAAUCCAAAGGCGGCUCAAGACCACAUGAAGAACCCUCUGGUGAUGAACAAAAUACAGAAACUUGUGAGUGCAGGAAUUGUACAAGUCAAAUAGGUUGUAAGUGUCAUAUUUUUGGUGGCCUCGUGAGUUUGCGACCAACUUUGCUGGGAAAGUGAACCCACAUUGUUUGGAUGGAGAUUAUCUACAUUUCUUCUGAUUUGGCAAUCAUGUGAGCUUGUUUCUAUUGACACGUCAUUGUACUGCUUUCACAUUUCCAGCCAUUACAACACUUAUUACAUCGCUAAUUAGUGUUGUAUAUAGAAGCAUGGUUCAUGGGUUCCUUCA